CCAACCUGGAGAGAACACAACAUUAUAUCAGGACCUAUAGACACCUGGAGAGAACACAGCAUUAUAUCAGGACCUAUAGACACCUGGACCAACCUGGAGAGAACACAACAAGAUGAGGAUCCUGCUGAUAGUCAUCCUCCUCUCCUUCAUGACAGGUUGUUUGAGCUCCUUCAAAGUGACAGGAUACUCUGGAGGAACUGUCAUCAUCUCCUGUCAUUAUUCCACAGAAGACAGAAGUCGUGAGAAAUAUUUCUGCUUGGGGCAGAACCGUUUGAGAUGUAAGGAUCAAAUCAGAACUGGAUUGAGGAACACCUGGGUACACAGUGGUAGAUUCUCUCUGUAUGACAACACUGGAGGAAACUACUUCAAGGUGAUCAUCAGACAACUGACCAGACAAGAUGAAGGGACCUACUGGUGUGGAGUGGACAUACCUAUUAUACCUGACAGUUAUACCAAGGUAGAGCUGGAGGUGAAGAAGGAUGACUGCUGUGAGAAGUCAGUCACAGAGACGGCCUUUCUGGGAGGAGAAGCUACCAUCAGAUGCAACUAUCCAGAGGACCAUGAGGACAGAAUCAAGUAUUUCUGCAAGGAACAAGAUCGCUUCAUCUGCAAUUCCAUGAACUCCAAAAACAACAAAAUAUCUAACAUCGUACAGCGAUUCUCUGUGUCUGACAAUAGAGGAGAGAGAUUCUCCACAGUGACCAUCAGUGACCUGACUGAAGAUGAUACUGGGACCUACUGGUGUGGAGUAGAAACCAGCAGGACAGAACAACGUUACAUUACACUGAUCACACAGGUGAAGCUGCGUGUUAUAACUUGGAGGAACGUCAGACCUGUAAAGAAGACAGGACAUGUUGGGGAGGUCUUCAGUAUCUGGUGUAAAUAUCCACGGGAGAAUGAGGAGAAAGAGAAGUUAUUUUGUAAAGGGGACAGUCCUUCAACAUGUGAAGACAAGAUAACAUCUAGGAUACAGAACAAAAUGGCCGACAGUGGCAGGUUUUCCCUGAUUGAUAACCGUGAGAAGACCGUCUUCACAGUGCACAUCAAAGAGCUGAGACCAGAGGAUUCUGGGACAUACUGGUGUGGAUCUGAUAGAAGAUGGAGACCUGCAGACUUCACUAGAUUUAUCCUCUCUGUGGGUGAGUGGAUCAACUCUUUACAUCAGUGGUGGCUGGUGGGAGGAGAUAUUGGAGGCUCGUUGUGA